UGGGCAGCCAAUCAGCGCCUCCCCGCAAUGGCGGCGUCCGCAUCGUGAGGUGGCGGCGGCCAUGUCGGGCCGCGGGGUCUGGCUGCGGACUCGGGCGCGGCUGCGGCGCUUCCCCGCGCUGCUGGGGGGCUGCGGGGAGCAGGCGGCUGCCUACGGGCGGUGCGUGGCGGCGGCGGCGGCCGGACCGGCGGAGCUGCGGCGGGACGUGUGCCUGGAGGAGUUCCGGGCGCUCCGGGACUGCUUCGCCCGGGCGGCGAAGACGACGCCGAAGUGACACCGGGACCGGGACCCCUGACCCGCCCAGAGCCUGGAGACGCUUCGGAAAUAAAACCGUUCACGGUCCAGCCGGGUUGUUCUGACAUUACUGAAUAAAAGGGGAGGGGGCGCUGGGGGAGCAGCCCCGACCCUGCCCCGGCUCCUCGGCUCCUGCUCCAUCCCCCCGGUGUCGGCUUGGAGGUUUUUCUCCCCCAAGCAGGUUCCCAGGGCAGCUCCCCCUCCUCUUCCCCAGCAGCAGGGUAGAAAAGAUCUCAAACCAACCCAAAAAGGUCCCUUUUCCUUCGACACCGAACCCCCGGGAGUACGGAGUGACAGGGAGCCACAACCCGGUGCGUGGGUACAGCUCCCGCAUCGCCUUUUAAUUAAUAAAAAAAA